AUGGCGCGUGAGGUGCGGGCGCUGCUGCUGUGGGCCCGCCGUCUCCGGGCUCCGCUGCCGGCGCCCCUGCGGGCGUCCACCGGGGGAGGGAGACCAACUGGGCCUUGGAGGACUGAGGUCCAGCUAGAGGGCCCGGGGCCACGGGCAGCGGCAGCCACAUGGGUGGUGGCAGGGCGGACGUUCAGCACUCAGGCUGCAGAGGAGAAGAAGGAGGAGCCACUGCACUCAAUCAUCAGCAACACCGAGACUGUGCAGGGUUCCACUUGCAAGCACGAGUUCCAGGCGGAAACCAAGAAGCUGCUGGACAUCGUGGCACGCUCCUUGUACUCGGAAAAAGAGGUGUUUAUCCGAGAACUGAUCUCUAACAGUAGCGAUGCUCUGGAGAAGCUGCGGCACAAGCUGGUCUGUGAGGGCCAGGCACUGCCUGAGAUGGAGAUCCACCUGCAGACCGACACUGAGAAGGGCACCAUCACCAUCCAGGACACGGGCAUCGGGAUGACACAAGAGGAGCUAGUGUCCAACCUGGGAACAAUUGCCAGAUCGGGGUCAAAGGCCUUCCUGGAUGCGCUGCAGAGCCAGGCUGAGGCCAGCAGCAAGAUCAUCGGCCAGUUUGGCGUGGGCUUCUACUCUGCCUUCAUGGUGGCCGACAGGGUCGAGGUUUUCACACAGGCAGCAGCGCCAGGCAGCCCCGGCUACCAGUGGCUUUCAGAUGGCUCGGGAGUGUUUGAAGUCGCCGAGGCCUCCGGAGUCAGGCCCGGGACCAAGAUCAUCAUCCAUCUCAAGGCAGACUGCAGGGAGUUCGCCAGCGAGUCCCGGGUGCGAGAUGUGAUAACAAAGUACAGUAACUUCGUCAGCUUCCCCCUGUUCCUCAACGGCAGGCGCAUGAACACUCUGCAGGCCAUCUGGACGAUGGAGGCCAAGGAUGUGGACGAAUCACAGCAUGAGGAGUUCUACCGCUACGUGGCCCAGGCCCACGACAGACCCCGCUACACACUGCACUACCGGACUGACGCACCCCUCAAUAUCCGCAGCAUCUUUUAUGUGCCAGAGAUGAAACCAUCCAUGUUUGACGUGAGUCGGGAGCUGGGUGCCAGUGUCGCCCUCUACAGCCGCAAAGUCCUCAUCCAGACCAAGGCUGCUGACAUCCUGCCCAAGUGGCUGCGCUUCGUCCGUGGUGUGGUGGACAGCGAGGACGUCCCCCUGAACCUGAGCCGGGAGCUCCUUCAGCAGAGUGCUCUCAUCAGGAAACUUCGGGAUGUGCUGCAGCAGAGGCUGAUAAAAUUCUUCCUAGAGCAGAGUAAAAAGGACCCCGAGAAGUAUGCCAAGUUUUUUGCCAGGCCAAGAGCACCUGGACUUGAGUUUUGGUUAAAGAGGAGGAUGAAGAGGGGUUGGGUGGUGGCAUGUGGUCUGGGAGCAAGUGUUUGGAAAGGAUUGGGUCCCUGGAACCAUGGUGCAGAUGUGGUCCUGGCCUCCCACAGCCAUUAGCAAGGAGCGUCACAUGCUGUCUGUCUGCAGGAGGACAUUGCAAAGCUGCUGCGAUACGAGUCCUCGGCCCUGCCCGCUUGGCAGAUGACCAGCCUGGUGGACUACGGUGGCCGCAUGCAGGCCGGCACCCGCAACAUCUAUUACCUGUGUGCACCCAACCGGCACUUAGCAGAGCACUCGCCCUAUUACGAGGCCAUGAAGCAGAAAAACAUGGAGGUGCUCUUCUGCUACGAGCAGUUUGAUGAGCUCACCCUGCUCCACCUGCGGGAGUUCGAUAAGAAGAAGCUGAUCUCCGUGGAGACUGACAUUGUGGUUGAUCACUAUAAGGAGGAGAAGUUUGAGGACGGGGCCUCAGCGGACGAGCGCCUGUCAGAGGAGGAAACGGAGGAGCUGAUGGCCUGGGUGAGAAACGCACUGGGGUCUCGCGUCACCAACGUGAAGGUGACCCUGCGACUUGACACUCACCCGGCCAUGAUCACUGUGCUGGAGAUGGGGGCUGCCCGGCACUUCCUGCGCAUGCAGCAGCUGGCCAAGACUCACGAGGAGCGUGCUCAGCUUCUGCAGCCCACCCUGGAGAUCAACCCCAGGCAUGCACUGAUCAAAAAGCUGAGUCAGCUGCGUUCAAGCGAGCCCGACCUGGCCCUGCUGCUCGUGGACCAGAUCUAUGAGAACGCCAUGAUCGCAGCAGGCCUUGUGGACGACCCCAGACCGAUGGUGGGCCGCCUGAACGAGCUCCUCACCAAGGCCCUGGAGAAGCACUGAGAGAGGACCAGCCCGUGUGCGCCGAGUGGCAAGCAGUGAGGAGAGCCUGAUGUAGUGUUGAGCCCUCCACCUUGAGUUUAUUUACCUCCAUUAAAAGUGAUUUUUCAA